AGAUUUGUUUGCUGACACGAGGUAGGAGGACAGCCAGUGUCCGAGCCGAUACAUACUGCCGUUUGUACUCGCUCUCUGUGGACAACUUCAAUGAGGUGCUGGAGGAGUAUCCUAUGAUGAGAAGGGCUUUUGAGACGGUUGCCCUGGACCGACUGGACCGAAUUGGGAAGAAAAACUCCAUUCUUCAACACAAGGUACAACAUGAUCUAAGCUCUGGGGUACUCAACUACCAAGAGAAUGAGAUCAUCCAGCAGAUUGUCCAACAUGACAGGGACAUGGCCCACUGCGCCCACCUUAUGCAGAACGUACCUCCACAGACGCCCCCAUCACCAACGCCUGUCAUCUGGGCCCCUCUCAUCCAGGCUCCCCUCCAGGCUGCUGCUGCCACCACCUCAGUAGCCAUCGCACUGACACACCAUCCUCACCUCCCUCCAACCCUUUUCAGACCUCCAGUCUCAGUUCUCAGUUCCCUAAAGGACCCCUCCAGACUAAGAAAGUUCCAACCAUUUGUUUCUUCCUCCACAGCACCCGGGUCUUCUGGUGACUCUCUGUCUAGCACACCCUCUAAGCUACGCUCUGGGAUGGACAUGCCUUUGCUUGCAUCCUUUCAGGCUCAGCAUAUGACAGCUGGUUCUGGGUCAAUUGGUUCAACACGACAAGGCCCAGGCUUAGGAGGUCGACCUAAUGCGGCUGGGUCUCAGUCCAGUGAACGGGGUACCACUGUCUUUCCUUUUGGUCUACAGUCAUCCUCAGGUUCUCCCUCUUCUAGUAUGGCACAACUUCAUCCACAACCACAGUCUCAACAACCGUUUCGAUCCACCACCCCACCCCUUUCAAAUCUCUUUCACCAAACACCUGUAAGUGGAAGCACUGGAUCAGGACUAGGUGGGGGUGCUGCUGGAGCAUGUGAGGGUGCUACCGGAUGGGCUUCAGGAGAUGCAGCUGGAGGUUCUGUGGAAGGAGCCUCUGGUGGAGACACCUUUUGGGCUGGGGAGGACUUCACAACAGGGGUGACAGACAUUACUUCUAGGGGCUACUUUGACUUAAAACAAGCAAAUGACGGAUUAAUACAUGGCAAGUCAGAGGACAUAGUUGGUGGAAAAUCAGAAGGCUUAAUGGGAGCUGCUUGUCUUAGGUUCACAGGGGGAGCCUCUGGUGCAUCAGGUCCAGGUGUCACAUGUGGUUUAAUACAGGACAAAACUAAGAGAACUCUUGGAGAGGCCUCCAAAGGGUCAGCUGAAAGAGCUUCCAGGGGAUCAAUAAGUGGGACUUCACAAGAAUCACCUUUACUUAUAAAUUCAAGGCGAUUAUCAGGAAAGUUUGGUGAGGGAUCAUUGGGAUCUGUUUUUGAUGGGGCCUGUGGGGAAACAUUUGGGGGACUUUCUGUCGAAAUGGCAGUGGGGAAUUCAUCAGCAUUGUUAGGGAGAUCUUCCACUGGUACAGUGACCAGCCAUAUAGGACGAGCCUCAAAUGAGCCAGGAGAAACUGCUACUCUAGGACAAACUGGGAAACGUAUAGGAAGUUUAGUAGGAACUCAGGUGACAGAAUCUACAACUUCAUCUGGUUAUUCUUCAAGUGGAAUUACUGCAGGACUUGGAGGGUCCUCUUUUUGUCAGAGUCCUUUAUCUAGCAGUCCAUCCAACCUUAUGUCUUGUCAGAUUCUCCCAAAUCAAGCACAUCCCAAAACUUUGCAGCAGUUUGCUGGAGGAGGUAGGACUACCAGUGGAAUAAACCUCUUCCAGUCACCCUCACAAGGGUCACCAUCUUGUGUUAGAGGACAGAAAAUUCAACAGCCUGCUGCUGGUUCCCCACCUUCCAUGAGUCACUUUAGCUUGGCAGGCCUUCAGUCUGGUUGUUUGCCUCACCAGAUGUCCCUGGAAAGGUCAGCAUUAGCUUCCUUGGCUCAGUAUGGGUCAGCGAACGCCUCUCCUUGCCUUACCCCAGUUGCACGCAGUCCAACAGUACAAAGUCCAGUGGCAGGCAGGACCUUUCAAUAUAGUGACCCUUCAAGUGUUGCAGGAUCCCACAGUUCUUUGCUCAUGCCUCAAUCUCCUCUCCUUUCACAGCUUACCAGUCUGCCACAAACAACAGGGAGAGAUUCUCCUCUAACUCAGUUUUCUGAGGACCUGAAAUGUUUAUCAAGCUCACACCCAUCUUUACCACAGGAGGUGGCCCUCAGCCACCAAACUCCUUGCUCCUCCAUGGAAUUUUACCCCUCUCCAUUUUCCUCACCAACUCUUGUACCCAAACCUUGUGGCUCAAUACCAGGGCAUAUGACUCCUCCAAAACAGGAGUCUCCAGUAAACCUUCACCAGACUCAGUCACCUAGAUCUUCUCCGGCACCUCCUUCACAGAGGGGCUCUGGUGCCUACUUGUCAGAUCUAGAACCUCAAACUGCUAUUUCUAAAUUUCCUUCCAAUUUGUGAGGAUGGAUCACACCCUCCUGUGCUCCCCUGAAAUGAAACACACAACUAUUGGUACUCAUACAAUUCUUUUAUGUUGUCAGACUUCAUUGUGUUCCACCUCUCAUUUUACUAGGAUUUUAAAACUUACUGUGAAUCCAAAAUAUUUUACCAGGGAACUCAGAACUGUAAGGUACUACUUAUUUGUUCAAUACAUUGUUGUUUUUAUUUAUAUAUGCUGUAUAUAGGAAGAAAUAUAUUAAAAUUAACAGGUUUUAUUAAGGGACUGGGAGGGUGUGAAAGUGAUCUCCGGACAUUCAAUUUAUUUUGCUUUCUAAGACUAUGCCAAAUUUAUCUCAUUCUGUUUGGGAAGGGAAUCAGUGGAAUACAUAAAAUUGUUUUUAUUGCAGGAACCUAUGCACUACUACUGCAUGUAUUAAGGCUUUUGUGUGUUUUAAGAUGACUAUCAAAAUCCUUUUUUAGCUUAAAAGACAUAAUCUGACACACAUUGACUCUUGUAUCUUUUGAUUUAGGAUCACAUAUUGUUGAUCCUUUAAUGUAUUUAUUAGAUUGUACUUAUUUAUCCUCUGUAUAAAGUUUUCAAAACCUUGAAAGAUGAAAAUGAGAUUUUAGGAUACCAAAAAGACUUUUACUGUGGAAUAACUGUUCACCUCUCUAGCACCCAACAAUUUCGCUUUUAUACCAUUUUAUUGUAACCGUGCUGGUAUUUGAGGCAAAGGGAGAGGGGUUUGUUGAGCGACCCUCUGUCUCAGUUUCUCUACAUGAGUAUGACAUGGACAAUUUUUUGCAGUCCUCAACCAUAUUCUUACAAGCUCACCUUGUCUUCCAAGCUCUUGACACUUAAGUGUAUUAAGUUUGUAUUGUUUCUCUUCCAGGCCGUUCUUAACUGUUAGCAGUUAAGUGUAGCAGCAAGUGUUAUAACAUUAAAUGCAAGGGAAGAGUUUAGCCAGACAGAUUAAAAUUGAAAUAGCCUUUUCUAAACAAAAACUAGGACUUCCAAAUACCAUUUUGUGUGAUGCAUUACAUAGCCCUCAGAUUAUAAGGAAAUACUUCUUUGUUUGAUAGUAAUAAAGCCUAUUGGGAAAGUAAUAAAGAUUAUAAUGAUUUUUUUUCUCUCCCUAUGGGGAUUCUGAGUUGCAAUCCAACAUAUUGA